UGUGUUCUUUCUACCUUGUUCAGGUCUAGCCCCCAAACAAUUUGGAAACAUGAAGUGGGUAAUAUUUGUUUCUUUGCUUUGCUUUGUAAGCUUUGCUGAACUGAAAAACCUACCUAGACGAUAUCGGAAUACAGAUGAUCAUCAUUGGACCAUCAGACUAGCCUCUCAAAUAUCAGCUAAUGAUUUUGGUGCCAUUGUUUUAGUCUUAUUUGCUCAAGCUUUACCAAAUACCACACUUGAGGAGCUGAAAACAUUGUCAGCAAAUGUUAAAACUAUUCACCAGAAAUGUGUUGAUAAUCAAUAUUCAAGCCCAGAAUGUACAAAGCCUUUGGGUAUAGUUUUCCUGGACCUGCUUUGCCAUGAUGAAGAGUUUUCCAAGAAAUAUGGAAUUAAUGACUGUUGUGCUAAGUCUGAUCCAGAAAGGCAUGAAUGUGUUUUGUCCCAUAAUUCAGCAAUCGGAAGUGUUUCUCCCUUUGUUCGUCCUACUGCAGAAGAAGCUUGCCAAGCAUAUCACAAUGACAGAAAUGAUGUUCUAGCCCACCAUCUUUAUGAGAUCUCCAGAAGAAAUGCAAGAGCACCAGUUACUGUACUCUCUGCAGCAACUAAAAGCUUUGAUAAAAUAUUGGAAACUUGCUGUAAAGAAGGAAAAGAUACCUGCAUCGAAGGAAAGGCAACAGUGGUCAGAAACAAAGCCAGGGAAAUUAUUGAUGAACAGGAGAACACUUGUUUCAAUCUGGAAAAUUAUGGAAAGGAAACUUUAUAUGAAUUAAAAUUUAUCCAGAUAGCAGAAAAGUUCAUAAAUGCUAAUCUAGAAAUUUUAACCCAUAUUGCUAAAGAAGUUGUACACAUCCAUGAAGCAACUUGUAAGGGGGAUUCAUUGGGGACUUUACUUGACAGAGCAGACCUGUCAGAAUAUGUCUGUAAGCACAAAAAUGAUAUAUCUCAUAACCUUGAUCAUUGCUGUGAAAAGGGCCUGGUGGAAGAUCACAAUGCAUUGUUACUAUGGAAAAUGACCCCACUAUCUCCUGAUCUUCCCACACCAUCUGGAGAAACCUUUAAGGAGACAGCAUGUCAAUAUUAUGUUGAACAUGGAAGUAUAAACAAGGAAAGCUUCCUCUUAGCAUUAAUAAGAACCCACCCUGAACUUUCUCAGCUGUUUGAUCUGGAAAUUUUGCAUAGAUAUGGAGACACGUUGGAAAAAUGCUGCAAACGAGAAGACAAAGUACAGUGUUUGAAUGAUGGGGAAGAACAAAACAGAUUAUACGUUAAGAAGAUUAGUGAUUUUGUGAAGAAUAAUUGUAACAAUUAUAAAGAAAUAGGAGAAUACUUCUUCCAAAAUGAAUAUUUGAUCAAGUAUAGCAAAAUUAUACCACCUCCAACUUCAAAUCUGAUUGAGCUCGCCAAAGUGGCAAAGCUUGGUGAGAAAUGCUGUAAUUUAGAUGGUGAUCAACAAGUCUCAUGUGCUUUAGACAAUACGGAUAAAGUGAUAGGAUCUAUUUGCAAAUGUCACAAAGGACAUUACCUAAACAAACAAAUUGAUGAUUGCUGUCAUUCCUCCUUCAACCGUUGGCAAUGUAUCAGUAACUUAGGACCAGAUCCAUCCUAUAAUCCUCCUCCAUUCCAACCUAAAGCACUGGAUGCCCCCGAGAAAUUGUGCUCAUCUAAUGAAGCGACUGUUCAGGAAAGUAAGCAAGGUUUGCUAAGUGACUAUAAAUCCAAACCUAAUAUCUCAGAUGAAGAGCUUGCCGUUGGAAUCCUAGCUUUCCGUGAACUUCAGACAGAUUGCUGUGCAGCUGCAAACCAAAAGGAAUGCUUUGACACAAAGGGUCAAAAACUGGUUGAACGGAUUCAAAGUGGUCAUAUAAUCGAGUAACUACUUUAGCUUCCUCACUGGAAGAAUGCUGAGAUAAAGUAUCCACACGUUCUCAAACAUCCUUGGUUGGUACGUGUCAGCCAUCUAAUGCCAAGGACAAAAAUUAAUUCUUAUGAAAAUGUCACGAUCUUUAAAAUGAAAAUGAUAAAGUCUUCAAAAAGAGA